AUGCUCUCCCGAUCCAUCGUCGCGCUUCUCUCCUUGGCGGCAGCCGCCUCGGCGAGCGUCAUUCCUCGCGCCAACAGCACCUGCGCGGAUCCCGUCGUCCGCAAAGAGUGGCGCGAGCUCAGCGGCGCCGAAAAGGCCGAGUACCUCCGCGCCGCCGUCUGCCUGCGCAACCUCCCCAAGGCCAAGUACGAGUUUGUCGACGCCGUGACGACGCGCAUGGACGACCUCGUCUUCACCCACUUCAGCCUCAAUACGGACAUACACUUUGUGGCCAACUUUCUCCCGUGGCACCGCUGGGACGAGAACGGCGAGAUCAUCAUUGGCGACAUGCAGGCUGCUGCCUACAACUCCAAAGUCAUGAACACCAUCUAUGGCUUCGACACUUACGCCGCCAUGAGCAACAUGCUCGAGGGGCUGCCGCACGCGCAGAUUCACAGCAUCAUCUUUGGUGACAUGGGUCCCGCGACCUCGCCCAACGAGCCCCUUUUCUUCCUGCACCACGCCAACGUCGACCGUGCCUGGGCCAAGUGGCAGGGCCGUAACGCCACGCGUCUGGCGGAUUACACCGGCUUCAACGACCCCAACAGGGUCAUCUCGGCCUCUUUGGACGACAGGAUGCCGGUCAUGCGGCUUGCCGACGAGGAGCCCAUUGUGCGCGACUUUAUGGAUACCCAGGCCGGGCCCCUGUGCUACACGUACUCGGCAUCAACGUAA